UCCAAACCAGACAGAAGAAGAGGGUGCAGAGGGAGCGCUGACAGACGAAGAAGAAUUUAACGGUUCCCGGUUCUUGAACCGCCGCAGCCUCCAUCCUGCCGGUGCUUUACAAACGGCUUCGGACUCGACUGUAGCACCGGUCAAACCGGUAGCUGCCGCACUGACUGCUCAAUGCCAACUAACCGCGAUGUGUUUCCGACGAGUAGCUAGGUGCUAACGACCCGCGUCAACAAGGAGCAUUACUCCUGCAGAAGACCAAUGGAGGGUGGCUCUGAGGUGAUGGAGGACAUUGAUUUUCGAGGGGUGGAGUUUUCUGUCAAGAUAGAGGUGGACAAAGGUUUGCUGAUGGUGGAAAUCUCAGACUCACUGACAGCGGAUCAGUGGAGGGGGGAGUUUGAUCCAGCAUACAUUGAGGAUCUCACUCGAAAAACUGGCAACUUCAAGCAGUUUCCCAUUUUCUGUAGCAUGCUGGAAUCUGCUGUGAGAAAGAUGAGCGAUUCUGUAACACUUGACCUCCUGACCUAUGCCGACCUGGAGCUGCUACGUAACAGAAAAGCAGGAGUGGUUAGUCGUACUCGCGGCCAUCAGCAGUCGUCUGCUCUCACGGCCAAAAGAUAUCUAAUCCUCAUAUACACUGUGGAGUUUGACAGGAUACACUACCCUUUACCCUUGCCCUAUGUUGGUAAGCCUGACCCAGCUGCCCUGCAGAAGGAGGUCAGAGCCUUGAGGGCGGAGCUCAGCGCGCUCACUUCUCAUGGAGUUAACAAAUCUGCAGACCUAGAAAUACAACGGCUACGAGCAGAGCUGGCUCGGGUGAAAGAGGAGAAGGAGGCUAUGACCAAAGCUCUUGAGCAACUGCAGAGGACUGCAAGUGGUUCCCCAUCUGGACGAGAGGACUGGAGAGUUAGAGAUGUGGCGAGGACGCUGGAGGAGCAGCUUGUCAAGGAGAGGGCCAAAAGUCAGCGCUCUGCAAGCAAGAGAUGCCAGGAGCAGAGACUCCUAAUGGAGCAGGUGGACCUGUUGGAGGAGCUGAGAGAAUCAGAGUGUGCUCUCCGUGUGCGUGUCAAGAAUCUCACCAGUGAACUGGCGGUGCUACGGAGAGGGUUAGAAAAUCUAAGCGCGCGUGUGACUCCAGUGUCCGGUCACAUCAGCUCUCGGGUUGAUGGGGAAAUCUAUCGCUCUCUCUCCCGUGAGAGAGGAUCAAGGUACGGGACAGUCAGGGCUCGCUCAGGAUCCAGAGAACGGGUUUACGACAGAGUGCAAAGGUCAGAUGAAAGAGGAAGAAGAGCGGAUUCCUCAGGACCACGUGCUUGCAUAUCCAGGCCGUCCCCCUCUCCUACUGGGUCACGGGUACCACGCUUUGACCCGACUGCAUACAUCCAGGACAGACAUCGCAGACAGAAAGAGGCAGAAAAAAAACAAAGGAAAGUACGGAGAGAUAUACUGACCUCGCCCAAUAUACCUGAGAGGGGGCGUUCACGUUCCAGAGAUGCGUAUCCCCAGAUGGUCCGGUCCGGCAGCAGAGGCAGGAGUUUAUCUGUGGAGCGGAGAGGGAGCAGGAACUCCUCUGAAAGCUCCUUAGUGGACAUGGACGAAAUGGCCAAAACCCUGUUUAGAGGAAGAAAACAGACUUACAAUUACAAUGGACCCAGUGUGUCAAGAGGAGGCCUUUCAACCAGGAAACCACGUUGCAGUACUCCAACACAGAGAAUGAAAGAAAAAGAGAGCUCCAUACAUACGGGUGCUGAGCUGUCGGAGAUUGACGCCAGGCUGCAGGCACUGCAGGACUACAUGAGGGACCUGGACACAGGACAAUAACACAGCGUCAAGCUCAGGCUGGGAAACACAUCAAGCUUCCAACAUGAGUGAUGGGUUCACCUGUGUUCAUGUGAGACACCAAAUCUCCCACUGGAGGAUCAGACUUCCUCCACUUCAGGAAAAUACAGCCAUCACUGUGAAGGACUACCUUUUGUGGACUGAAUUUUUUUUUAUAUGCCAAGAUUUUACGAAUUAACUUAAAAUAUGACAGAGUGUCGUUUUUAUUAUUUCUACAACCUCACAAACCGAACUACACAAGUCUGGCUGCCUCUAAGUCCGAAAAUAUUUAUAGUUGAUGUUUUCUCAUCUUUCUUAUUUCUCAUCUUCCCUAUCUUCAACAUGCAGCUGAUAAAGCUGUUUGUCACUCACUGCACAUCUUUUUUUUAUUACCUGAAUUAUUUUCAGAAUUGCAGACAGUUUCGUCAACUUGUUUUCAGUUCUAGUCUUUUGUCCUUGUUUGUGCAUGUGUGUGCGUAAUCUCUACCCUUAGAGAAAUAUCCAGCAUUAACAUGUUGUUGAACCUGUAACGGACUUGUUUCUUCGACACAGUGCAUGCUGGGACACACUCCAGCUGCUGCUGCACAGUGAAACACAGGAACCAAGUCAAUAUACUGGUUUUCACUACAUUCCACGAUGGCUAAAUGUCAUUCAAACUGUAUUGUCAUCAGUUUGGUUUAAUUUUGACCUUGAACUCAACAUUAUCACUGUAAUACUAUCAAACCAUUAUGACAUUUAACUUGUUGAUCUGCAUGGUGCAUUCAAAUAGUGUAUUUUCUAAUGUUUAAAGUAAAUGGACCUAUUUUCCUUUUUGAUUUUACACCCCAAACUAAAGCAAAAGCAAUUUUUAAUCUUGGAUCAUUUGUAAUACCCAUCAGUGUUUUUUGUGAUGGUAUAAAUACCUACUUUGUGUUUACACUGUUACUCAUUCCCCAGUCGAAUGCUUUUAUACCACUUAAAACUCUUAUUUAUAAGAAAGUUC